UUAUUAAGUAAAGUAAAAGUUUAUUAGAAAGUAGUACCCUACACGUGAAGGGUAGGGGAAGAAAAAUGGUAGAUUGGUAAAGCGGGGAUAAAAUGGUGAUUAGGGGAGUGAAAAAAAGAGUGUGUAGGCCGAAAAGAAAGAGUUUUGGUGUGAGCUUCCGAAUCCCAUGGCUAUGGAGAUCGUAGAGAAAGUGGUGAAAUUAAGGUACCAUAUUCUGGGGGCACUUGUGUUGUGUCUGACCCUCAUAUCCCUCUUAGUGAUGGCCUCAAGUCCAAGAUUGAUGAGCCUCUUCACCUAUUUCUGGCCACUCUUCCUCUCCACAGCCCUAGUCCUUGCCCUCGUCAUCUUCUUCGCUAAGACUCCACCUUUCUCCCCCACCGACGCUUCUUCCUUCCACAACGCCGCCCAGGGCCUCCUGGAUUACGUCGCCGGCCACCAUGACCCGCCAUUCGAUGCUCGCCACAAGUCCGACUAAGGUUAGAGUCUCAGUAUGGUCAGAGUCUGACUAAUUUCCCAAUUUUUUUUUAAUAGAUAAGAUAAACUCUUGGUUUAGCAAUGUUUUCAUUUUGAUCCA